AUAGCAUCGAUGGCUGCAUCAGAAAUUUUAAAAUGACAGAAUCACCUGUUGACCUGGAUAAUCCAACGUCCAGCUUCAAUGUUGGAAAAUGCUUUGUAACUGCGCAGAAAGGAACGUACUUUGAUGGAACAGGCUUUGCCAAAACAGUUGGUGCAUACAAAGUGGGAACAGACUUGCUGGUGGAAUUUGAAUUCCGUACAACACGAAUGAAUGGUGUUCUCCUAGGAGUGAGCAGCCAGAAAAUGGAUGGGCUUGGCAUUGAAUUAGUAGAUGGAAAAGUGAUGUUUCACGUUGACAAUGGUGCAGGCCGAUUCUCUGCUAUCUAUGAGCCCGACGCACCAGGCAGCUUGUGUGACGGACAGUGGCACAAGGUUCUUGCAAACAAGAUCAAACACCGUUUAGAGCUGACUGUGGAUGACAGACAGGUGGACGGUAACAGCCCAAACAGAGCCUCGACCUCAGCAGACACUAAUGACCCUGUCUUUGUAGGAGGAUAUCCUGAUGGUGUGACCCAGUUUGGGCUGACCACUAAUACCCGUUUUAAAGGAUGUAUUCGAUUUCUGAAGCUCACCAGGGGUACUGGUAAACCUCAAGAGAUUAACUUCAGCAAAGCUCUGGAGCUGAAGGGUGUUCAACCGCUGUCGUGCCCUGCAAACUAACUGUCAUUCAACCAAUAUGGGUCUGUUUAUAUAAGCACCUCAGAUUAAAAAAUUAAAAAAAAAAAUAAUCUCUAUAUACAUUGCAUUCAUAAUAAAAUGUCUUAUGC